AUGUUACGCUUGGCGUCCUUGGCGUCCUUGAUCAUCGCUGCACAGGCCGGAAUAGAGAGAUUGAAGGUGAUCAAUGGCUGCCACCAGAAGAUAUGGAUCACCCACUUGGCCAACGUGGGCAUUGGGCCAGGGCCGCAGAACUAUGGCAUCGCGCCGGGAGGAUCUUUGACCUUCGAUGAGAGUGAAACCGAUGGCCUGGCGGGCAGCCGCUAUUGGCCCAAGAUGGGCUGUGAUGCCAAUGGGGACAACUGCGCCUUGGGUGGCAGUGGUGGCCCAGGGCAAGGAUGCACCAAAAAGACUCCUGACUAUUCCUCUUGCGCGCCGCCUAUCGACACUAAGUUUGAGGCAACCUGGGGCCGCCAGGGACAGCCGUGUAAUCCAGCCACCAACCAGAUGGGCGGCUGUGAUUUCAUUGAUGUUAGCCUCGUGGAUGGCUUCACCUUGGCUUUCAAGUUGGAGGUCCUGGCUGGGACCUGCACGGGACGCGUAUCAGAUGUCCACACCGUAGAUUGCUCCAGCCUUUCCGUGUCGCAGUGUCCCACGGAUGACAAUCUGGGUCAAGGGCCUGUGAAUAUGCAGGCUACGAGCCCCAAGAUCCAGAAACCCGUUGGUUGCUAUGCACCUUGCCUGAAGAUGAUCGACAACAAGUGGAACAAUUUUCAGGCGAAAGGUAAGUCAAGAAACGAUGCAGACGUGACAAAGUAUUGCUGCACUACGCCACCUGAAACAUCUGAGAGCUGCAAUGCGGGACCUCUGCCACAAACCAAAUACGUUCAGACUGUGCAUCAACAUUGUCCGGGCGUCUAUGCCUUUGCCUACGAUGAUGGCCAGGGCUUGAUGCGCUGCUCUUAUGGCCAGUACCAGCUGACCUUCAUGUGUCCAGAUUCGGUGAUUCCUGAUCAACUCUACGAAGAUGAACAGGAUGAAGAGGUGAAAGAGGCGAGCAGCUACGUUAGUCGAGUUGGCCUUGCGCUUCCUGUCGCCGGAUGCCUAGGACUUGCCGUUGCGGUGCUUGGGGCUUGGCGUUGGAAGGAGAGACGUGGCAAGCGAAGACCCUUGAAGAAGAUUUGGAAGUGGAACUUGUGCCGGAAUAGAGCGUCCGGGCCUGUGAAGCAGGCUGUAGACACCAGAAAGGAUGUCUGCGGCAUGGCCUGCAAUUGGCGAAUAUUGGCGACCUGUGAUCCAAGAUCACCAGAGAUCAACAUGAACCAAUUACAAAAGCCCAAAGUGGCUUUGACGCAGCGAAGCUGCGUGAAAACGGAUGUUUUCCGAGAUGAUGGAUUGCAUGUCGGCAAGGUCGGUUUAGCUGGUUUUGCAGGUGACCCUACCAUGGGUCCAAAUGCAAAGAGGACUAUUUGCAAGUUCUGGGAGCAGGGCAUAUGCAAGAGGGGCUUAGAGUGCACCUUCGCCCAUGGAGUGGAGGACAUGCAGGUGGAUGUCCAAGAAAACUUGUUUGAAGACUUGGCUCCAGCGCAACUUCCAGGAAGCCCUUCUGCUGGAACCAAGCGGACAAUCUGCAAGUUCUGGGAAGAGGGUGCCUGCACAAAGGGUGAAGCUUGCACUUUCGCCCAUGGUCCAGAAGAGAUUGGCGCGCCGAUUCCAGUGGCCUUCGAACCAGUUCUUCAAGGACUUGGAGCGCCGGUAGGACUUGGAGCUAUUGGAAAGGCUCCUCCCAUCGUCAGCACUGCUCCCGUUGUUUCCGUGCACGUCAAGCGAACCAUUUGCAAAUUCUGGGAGCAGGGUACGUGCACCAGAGGAGGGGAGUGCACGUGGGCGCAUGGUGAAGAAGAGCUAGGUGCCCCGGUUGUCAUGGAGCCCAUGGAAAAAAGCCGUCCUGUACCCAAACAGAUGCAGCCGAUCUUCUCGGCCAAUGUCCCAGCCACCACCGGCUAUGUUCCAGCGGGGAAAAGUGGCAAGGGGGUGAUUGGAAAGAGUGUCCACGGUCAAAAGACGGUCUUCCAAGCCAGUCCCAUUGAGCGAUUCGAUGACCACCGAUUCAUGCCUUUUGAGGCUCCCAAGGGUAAAGGUCAUCAAGGCAAAGGAAAAGAUAUUGGAAGUCCUUUGGGAAGCCCCUUGGGAAGUCCCAUUGGCUUCCCUGGAGGCAAGGGUGCUGAGCAGCCUCUCAAAAAGACCAUCUGCAAGUUCUGGCUGGAGGGCCAGUGCACACGUGGUCAAGACUGCACAUGGGCGCAUGGAGUGGAGGACCAAGCUGUUCCUGAUCAUGUGGCACUGGUUGGCAUACCAAGUGGCCCACCGAUGGCAAUGGGACCUACUGAGGUGCGGAGGACGAUUUGCAAGUUCUGGCAACAGGGAAAGUGUACUCAGGCUGCAGGACAAUGUACCUGGGCCCAUGGAGAAUGGGAAAUUGGCACACCAGUUGGCGCGGUGUCCAAUAAAGGUGGCUACCAAGGCGGUUCCGUCUUUAAGCGGCUUGAAGCUCCACCAGAUACGCUGUUGGAGCAGCCGGCCCUGGUGACUGGAGCUGCCCUCAAGAGCUGCCAUGCCUGGAUCAAUGCGACGCCACAGGCAUAUGCUGCACACGCGGCGCGGGUGACGCAAACUGUGGAGAAGGGCAGGUCGGUUCAUGGUGGCUCUCUGAGCUCCAUCACAAGACUCGCUGUGGGGGAGUCCCAAGACAGCAAGGAUGGUCUCAUCCCAUCCUCAACUUUCUCACCAUUGCUGCUGGCUGCGGCCACCGGGAUUUUCACAGGUGCCAUCGUCGUGGCCCUGAAUGACUUUGUUCAUUUGCUUCAAGAUUUUCUUCUGGAACUCCCCGGCGGCUUAGCAGCUGUGGCUCCAGUGCUCUCAGCAUCACUGGUGAGUUUACUGCUUUUCCUCCGUGGUCCACAGGGUUUGUCCGGCGACUCCGAGUUGGCCCAGCUGAAGGCCAGCGGUGGCGUCCCCUCAGCCGAUGCCUCCGAGGCGCCCUUGCGGGCGCUGGCCGCAGGGCUGACGUUGGCCGGAGGCAAUUCCCUGGGCCCGGAAAGUCCCAGUGUGGAGAUCGGUGCCAAUGUCGCAGCGAAUCUCGCAGGAGCCCAAACUCCAAAGGAGUCGGAGGUGGACAAAGCUUUUCGAAAUAACUUGUUGGCUGCUGGCUGUGCCAGUGGCAUUGCCGCAGGCUUCAAUGCUCCAGUGGCAGGGCUUUUCUUUGCUUUGGAGUCGGUGCAAUCAAAUUAUGGUCCUGAAGAAGCUCGGGAACGAGGUCCUCCUAUGCAGCUACUAGCAGCUGUGUUAGCUGCAACUGUUUCACAACUGGGUCUCGGAUCGAGUCCGGCGGUGGAUUUGGAAUUUUUCGGCUGGGUACCUGCACGGUCCCUUUGGGAACUGCCAUUUUUCAUUCUACUUGGACUGCUGUGUGGGCUUGUGGCCGCAGCUUUGCGUUACAUGCGGCAGCUUGGGAAGAAGACCUUCGCAGCGGCGGAAGACGCCGGCUGCCCAAAGUUCCUUUUCCCGAUUGUGGCAGGCAUCAUUGUAGCCAUAGUGACCUUUAGUGACAGCACCAAAGAAGUGCUUUACAAGGGCUUUGCAAAUGUCAACCUGGUUUUAGACUAUGCUGAUGGUGGAAAGCAGCCACCAUCCCUCACAGGAGAUCCACUCCUUCAUUUGCUGAUCCUGCUGAUCUGUAAGAUUUUCCUGACGGCAAUCUGCCAAUCCUCCGGCCAAGUGGGUGGUUUGUUUGCCCCAGCUCUCUUCAUGGGAGCCUGCAUUGGGGGUCUCUCUGGUCGUGCCUUGCGGGAUAACUUCUGGCCAUGGGCCAUCAAUCUGCCGGACUUCGGCCUCGAAAAGGCCUUCUCAGUGCCUGCAACCUAUGCCGUGGUGGGCAUGGCCGCCUGCCUGGGCUCCAUUUGUGGCGUGCCGUUGACGUCGGUGGUGCUGUUGUUGGAGUUGUCCGGGGGCAAGGACUAUGGCGUGGUGUUGCCCACGGUGGCAGCCACAGGUGUGGCCGUCUACGUCGAACUCCUGUGCAAGAGUCCUGAAAAGAUUUCUGCUUUGCGCGAGAACCUGACAGGAGCUUUCUCCCCGGGAGGUGCCGAUGCACCUGCAGAGGCAACCCUGAUAGAAGCAGAAGGUCCGAAACGGCGCAGUGUGCUGUGUGCAAUUCCGCCUGGAAGAGUUGAGCUUUCACCCGGAUCGGCCGCCACUGUCGUUCCAUCGUGUUUGCUCCUGGAGGAGGCCCGUGAUGAACUUCUUCAGCUGGGUUCCGGAGGAUGCUUAGCCGUGGUCGAGGAGUCCAAUGAGACGGGUGACGGGAAGAACCGAUCGCAACGGCUUCUCGGAGUCGUAUCGCUUGUGGACGUUGACAAAGCUUUGGGAGCGGAGUGAGGCUCUGCCCAAAUCCUUAGCGACAUCCAAAAGCUGCGGAUCUUGAACCCAACGUUCCAGGCUGCAUGGCAAUGUUGCAGCUCAAGCUUUGAGUGUGGGACAGCAUUGAACAGUGUGCUGCAGAUUUCAGGUACCAGUAGGUACUUUGGAUGUGUCUGCAUUGUAUGCACCUAGUGUUUGCAACUCCUUCACAAUCAAAGUGAUGCACCUGCCUG